AUGCUUUUUGCCAGACCAUUCUUCGGCGCCCCGAAUCUCGAAGCCAGCGUCGCGGAGACCUAUGCAAGCAAUCUCGAUGACAUGGCCUACAAGAUCAUGUACGAAAUGUUCGCGGACGCCAAUGAGUACGAAAUCGACGAGAUGCUAAAGAUAAGUUCCCUCACGGUGUCCCUGGGAGCAAAGCACUCUGGUAGCCCAGCCACAAUUCAAAGCCUGUCGGAACUUCCAGUAUCAUGUCUCGGCGCCGUAUUGUUCGCGGUGGUGCUCAUUGUCGCCACGAUGGUCUCGAGCUACGUUCGCGGCUACCGGAAGGAGUCUCGUCGCCGAGAAGAGGUUGAAACUACUUUCCGGCGACGUGUAGCAACGGCCUGGAAUCUCCAACAGUGCCAUGAUGCACUGGGGGACCGAGAUUCCGCAUUGGAAUUUGAUCAGAAGCUCAAGCUGGAAGGAGAUGAGAGACCGACCUCCGCUCCAGUCUCUUUUACUCUGGCUGGCUUCGCUCUCAUGAUGGGCUCAUUCUUCCUUGCGAGGGAUGCAAAUGUGUAUCCUGCUUACCAAGGAAUCCUCUCCUGGCACUUGCUUCCAACCGUGCUCGCCUUGUCCUUCCUUUCUGUCGUCUCGUUGUUUCGAUAUCAAGCAGAGACGAAUGAUCCUGUUUACAAGGACACUCGGACCGAGAGGAGAGUCACCACCACAUACGCGGAUUUCCCUCUCUUUCUCUUGAUCAAGGACACUUUCACGGCAACGAAGCAAGAACUGCAGACGAAAUUCUCGGAACUUCAAAACCGAGUCAAGGCAAUGCUUCCUGGGCUGGCGAACAAGCUGGAAUCCUUCACAGGAGAGGACCUCUCACUGCAAUCCGUCCUCACUCAGACCCCGGCCUACGUUCUCGUCUUCCAGACACUCUUCAUCAACGUCUCGCGGGCUUUCACGCCAGCUCCGAACCCAGCCAACCUUCCAGAAGCAGAGCAAGACUCCAAGUUGAUAAUCAUGGCCUGUGCCACUUUCGCUCUGACGCUAGCAGGGCCAGCCAUGCUACUCUGUGAGAAACCCCUAUGGAACUGGUCCGUGAACUUGAGCAGAGACUCCAAAGAGGAUGUCCAAGGACGAAUCAAACCACUCAUCAGCACAUCCCUCUGGACCCUCUCCAUCACCUGGCGCCUCCUAGCCCUCGACCUCACAAUCUCCUACUUCGCGAACACCCUACCAAUCAUCGGCACAGUCCUAGGAGUUUUCUACACGUACUUUUUCUCAUCGUGGCAAUCAUGGCAACUUCUUCUCGAAAUUGUCUCGACGACACUCGGUAUCUAUUUCGUAUUGGAUAUGGGCAGGACAGUACUCUGCCUCUGCGGAGAUAUUGCCGAGCCAUUGGAUGUGACGGCCCCUCAUCCGCACGAAGGUAAGAAGCCAAUGACCGCGUACCAACGCCAAGUGUGGAAAAAGUACGUAGAGGAAAAGGGCGAUGCGCCAAUGGAUGAGUCGUCAGAUGAUUCGGAUGAUAGUAAGAAAUCAAUGACUGCGGAGCAACGUGAAGUGUGGAGGAAGCACGUAGAGGAAUUGGUUGAUGGAUUGCGAAGAGCCUCUCUAGAGAAAGAAGAAGAAGAGCGGAGGUUGCAGCUCGAAGAGGAAGCUAGACUAGCACAAGCAGCUGCUGUGCAGGGCGCGAAAACAGACGACGGGGACGAUGAAGGCUCGGAAGCAGACGAUGGAGACGACGAGGACGAGGACGACGAAUGGUUAGAAGUCGAGAAGCUCGAAACUGAGGCGGAAGUCGCGGAAUGGGAGCUCGUGCCACGGACUGUAUCCUGGCACAAGAGUACGAGGUCAGACUCGUAA